UUUUCUUUUUUUUUUUGGUUGUUGUGCUAAUGAACAUAAAUAUGCAUGUAUUAUUUAUAUAUUUAUACCCUUUUAAAUUUUGUUUAUACAUCUGUAUAAUUAAAAAAUCAAAGUUAUGUAACUCAUGUACCAUUGUGAAUGGUUUGAGCGAAUAAAAAUGAAAUGAAAAGGAUACCCAGAAACCGCAAUUUCAAAGACACCAAUUUUUUUUUCUAGGCCCACGUUAAAGCGUGGACUUUCAGUCUGCGGAACCCCUGUUUUUUACCUGUACUGUAUAUUAUGAUCGGUGAUAUUCUGUCUGCGUGUAGGAAUGUUUGAAUAGCGUAUCGCUGUGGACAUUAGAUUGUAUUUUUAGUGAUAUUUUGGUCGUUUUUCAAUUAACAUACUCAACUGACCGACGGUAGAAACGUCAAUUUUACAGAAAUUAUGCAUUUUUAACGUGUAAUACGUAAACAGUUUACGAACUAUUUGCUGCUAGCGCUGAAAAUUACAUCUUUUUGUAAAGAAGUGCUAAGGUCCACACCACUUUGAGCCGAGUGACUGCAUAGAGGAGUUGAUAAAAUGGCGGCCUUCUCAUGCGACAGUACAUAUAAUUAUGUUCAUGUAUUUAUAUGUUGCUAAGUAAAUCCUUGCGCGCCGCAAGUGAUUUCUAUUUAUCGGUGUUUGUUUAUUUUUUUUUUUUAUCUUUAUUCUUUAUAAACUAAGAUCUCUACAGUGUAAUAUUUUUUUUUUUUUAUUUUUUUUUUACAUCAAAUUAUAAGGACUAAAGCGAAUUUUGACCUAUGGUGUACGAUUUUAUCUAACUUGAUGUAAGUUACGCCUAAUAUGAUCCGCUUCAUGUAUUACAAAGCGUAAACUGCACCAAGUUGAGGUUAUAUCGUAUAACAUUACGUAAAUAAAUGUGCUGACACAGGAAAUGCAGUGUUUAAUACAGAGUAUAUUUCACACGCGGAAGAAUGAAAUGUUGCUAAUUUUAUACCUGAUCAUGAAAUGUCACAUUAGUGUUGAAGAUAGAAGCACUGAGAGAUUCACGCACACUUUAUUAAAUAACAAGAAUGCCGAUCAUCAGGCAUCCUCAUAUCUCAAGUGAUCAGCGAGUCUUCCCACGGAGUCUAUUUCUGUUCUGUAUCUUUGGAAAUUAAUCAAAUUGAUGAACUCGGAGGCUGUUUAAGUCAUGGCGGAGUGCGACUUUCCUCCCAUACCUGUAGACGGCCGUUUAUACUGCAAUGCAACAUAUGAUGGUGUACAGUGCUGGAACCAUACUUUAGCCGGAACAACGGCUAUUGGCGCAUGCCCAGAAGGUCACCCAGCGUCUGCUUUCUUUGACAAUCCGACAGGGUUCUCAUUCAGGAAGUGUGAGAUAAAUGGUCUCUGGUGGAACAACAACAACAAUGGAACGCAUGAGUUUGCCAAGACUAAUUAUCUCCCUUGUCUUACAACAGACGCCCUAGGAACUCUGAGAAAAGAUAAUUCUGUAACGGGUGUUCAUGACCUCAAUUUUGAAAGGAUUAAGCUGAUUCUGCACGUGUAUAUUAGCGGUUAUGCGGUCUCUGUUUUCCUGCUUGUUGUCGCCCUGAUUAUAUUUGGCAUCUUCAAACAACUACACUGCAGUCGUGUGACAAUUCAUUCCAAUCUGUUCCUCUCCUACAUCCUGAGUAACUCUUGCUGGAUUGUCUUCUACGCGGAGAUGUCCCUUAGCAACUUCCAGUACGACGAUAGACCGACAUGGUGUUAUGUGUUGCAUGGGUUCACGCAGUAUACCACUCUGUGUAACUACGCAUGGAUGCUCUCCGAAGGCAUAUUUCUACACUUUUGUUUAGUCCACGUGUUCUCGGACAGGAAGCGACUGGUCAUCUGCUGUUGCAUUGUGGGAUGGGUAUUUCCCGCCAUCGUCAUUUGCAUAUACUGCACCAUUCGCAUCAUAACUGGAGAAGGAGAGAACGAAAGAUGCUGGACAGAAAAGACAUGGACGUUUUGGAUUAUAUUGAUUCCCGUUAUUUUAUCACUAUUGAUCAAUUUGAUUUUUCUUAUCAAUAUAUUGAGAAUACUAUUAUCCAAACUACGAUCGGUCACACGAAGAGACAACGACCAGUACAAAAAAACAGGUCGAGCCAUUCUCAUCCUGGUUCCGCUGCUGGGGUUGCACUAUAUACUGAUGCCGUUAAACAACGACUCCUUUACCUACAAAAUCACAGUCGCCAUCUUGACAUCGUAUCAGGGUGCUGCUGUCGCUGUGUUGUUUUGUUUUCUGAACGGACAGGUCUCACAGCUAAUCAGAAGAAAGCUGGGAUUGAGUAACCGGUGUGCUGGUUCACCCCGCUCUACGGAGAGAACUUUCUUUAGAUCAAGUAUUCAGCGGAGUAGUCUCUCCAGAAAGGAGGAAUUUGCUCUAACUGACAAUGCGGGACCUAAUUGCGAGUUCCUACCCCACUCUCCAGACAAAAGUGAUAACUGAACCCAGUGUAAAAAGAAUGUGGUUAUACAUUGUAAUUUGACAGCACAUAAACUGAAACUCAUUCGAAUUAUUUGUUUAUAUAUAUAUGUGGUUGUGUGCUCACGUGAGAAGCUUCUCGAUUUACUGUGGUUUAUAGACAGUUACCACAUGAGAAGCUCCUCGAUGAAUCGGAUUUACUGUGGUUCAUAGACAGUUACCACGUGAGAAGCUCCUCGAUAAAUCGGAUUUACUGUGAUUCAUAGACAGUGUACAUGUACCACGUGAGAAGCUCCUCGAUAAAUCGGAUUUACUGUGGUUCAUAGACAGUGUACCACGUGAGAAUCUCCUGGAUAAAUCGGAUUUAAAGUGGUUCAUAAACAGUUACCACGUGAGACGCUCCUCGAUAAAUCGGAUUUAAUGUGGUUUAUAGACAGUUACUACAGUUUACAUGUGCGUGGUAACUUGUGUAUCUGAAAGUGUUAUCAAUUUCGCAAUAGUUACUUUUUACCAAUGUUUUAUCGCUAAUAAUCCCAUGCUGUUUGAAUGUAUUUAUUUUCCGAUAUAAAGAUAUUGACACUUCGACUUGACAUAAAGAUCUGUAUAUACACAUGUAUUACAAAAUUUAAAUAUAAGGAAUAGUUUAAUUGUUUGUGAUAUAUAGCGUUAUAUAGACAAUGGGACAAUGUCUGCAUAAUUGCAAGAUAAUUCUUCAGAGAAAUUCCUUCAAAAUGGAAAAAAAAAAAUAUGCCAGUAUGUGACAUCUUUCUUGCGACAUGCAACUUCAAAAUAAGUCAAUGUACAAUAACUCAUUUAUGUCAACGUGCAAGACAUAUAUUAUUUAUUCGGCUGAUCUGUGACUUUUUUAAGUUGACAUGCAAUUUAUUUAUUUUGAAACGUAAGUUAAUGUCAACAUGCAAUUUCUAACUUGAAUACAUGUUCCAUUAAGAAAUCACAUCUUAGUUAAACAUAAGUUACAGAUAAAGGAUCGGGCUAAAAUAGGCUAUGCCUGCUGUCCGAUCAAAUUCACUUAUCUGUGAAGAAAAUUAAAUAAGUUGUAUAUCGACACAAAUAAGGUGAAUGUCAACAUAAACAAGUUGCCUGAAUACAUGAAUAUUUGCGUGCCGACAUAGUAACUGGCGUGUCAUCUUCGCAAGCCAAACGUUUUCGGUCCGCUUAAUUCGCUCCAAGAAGCGGACCGAAAACGUUUGGCUUUCGAAGAUGCUGGCGUGUUCAUACGAGUCGUGUCAACAUCAUUAAGAUUCACGUACAUGUAAAUACAUUAAGAUUUCUCAAUCUUCCUGUUUUUAUGAAGUUUGCAACACAAGAUAUAUAUGGUUUUUUCCUUCUUCUUUUUUUUUCCUUUCUUCCCCCCCCCCCCCCCCCCCAAUGUAAAUAAUAAAUAUGUUUUAAGUAACCGUUUCAAGAGUGUUAUUUUAUUCCAUUAUUUAUUCAGAUUUCUGCUCCAUUUGUGCUUUUGAUAAUGUCAGACAUUCAAAUAUGACAGAAGGAAGAUAGGAAACAAUGACGGAUAUACAGCUACACGUGUAGCACAAAAUGGUGCGCAUACUCCACAAGGUAUACACUCGUGAAACAAAUAAUAAUGAUACGGGAACAAAUUACUUCUUGCUAGACACGUAUGUAAAUGGAGUGCAGGUCAAGUGGCGGCAUCUAACGAGAAGGUCAUCCUUAUCGAUACCCAUGCCCAGUUUUAAAACGCGCCUAGAUGGCCGAGUGGUUUGGCGCGUUGGACGUUUUGGGUUCCACAGGUCGAAAGUUUAAACUCGGGCUGGGAUAAAAGUGGGUAUAUCUACACGUAUAUAUAUAGUGAAUUUAUCCCAGCUUUACACGCGCAUUUUUUUCACGAAAUUUUGAUAAACCAAAACCUAAUUUGAUAGUGUUGGAGUAAAUCUAAAUCGUCAGGAAAUCCUUGACCUUUGAGAAGUACCUCUAGAGAUGUGACAGGUUAUAACUAUAUGGUAUUGGAUCGGAGAUCUAAAUGAACGCGUAUCCUAUCCUCAGUAUGAUACCGUGAUAUAGUUGUUUAACUUGUUAGUUGUAUUUUGUCAUUCUGGAACGAUUCAAUUCUGGCAUAAUCAAAAAAGUGUCUUAAGUUCACAAGUUUAAUUAAUUAUUCUUUGUUACUUUUUGCGACUUUUACCCUGAUUAUACUAAUACAUGGAAAUGUACUAUUAAAUACACAACAGAAAACUAAGGGGCUAUGAAGACCAUACUAUGACACUAUCAUGAUGAUUAUCGUACUGAGAGGCAGCCUGCGAUACUUAGGCCCAGGCACCUCCGUUAAUUUAAACUUCUGUCAGGUCCACGAUUCGACACCCAUCCCACCUCUGGUGUGUCCAGGGGUCAGUGUUUGCCCCAUUCUUAAUUCUGUAUUCUUUGUUGGACUUAUGAAAUUGAUCACUGUUCGUUAUCUUCCAAUUUCGUUUACAAUAAAUAUGAAUACAACACAUUCUAUCCCGUUUUGUUUAUUGCCAGUAAUAAUAAAGAAUUAAUUAAAAUAUCAAAAAUAAAGACGGGUGAUAUUAACAUACAUGUAAGAUUGUCUUCACUAGUACCUCCACUGGGUGAAAUUUAUUUCUAAAUGUCCAUUUUAGUUCAUUUUCCUUUUGCUAAAAAAAAAAAAAAAAAAGGAAAGGGAAAAAAAACCCACCAUAUUUUCAAAUGUAAUAAUUCGUAUUUUGAACAGGAAAAAAGCAUUAGAACUUCUUAGAUUCUAAAUUCUACUGGGCUUCUCGGAUCAAAAAUGCCCGUCAUGUAUCAGGACAAUACAUAAACUUAAGAUUUUGAGACUGAACCAUCUUUAGUCCAUCAUAACAUAUAACAAUGUAAUAUCAUUAACUCACUCCAGUUGUACUCAAUCACUGUUCCGGCAUACAUGUACAAAGAAUGUCAAUCUCUUCCACCCCUCCUCAGCCAUAUUCUCCAACAAUAACACUAAGAACACUUGAUACAAACAAACAAAACUCGAUGCAUGGGUUGAUAUAUAUGUAUUACUUUGUAUAUUCUGACUGCAAUUUGUACAAAUAUCAAAUUCCUAAACUUUAAGGAAUUGGUGUAAAUUUCCUGUGAUGUUCAAAAGUUGUGACAUGCAUCUUUUUCCCUUACCCACUGUAUAUUUGAUAAUUGAGAAAUGGAAGGCAAAACUAAGGUUCCAUUUGGUGAAAUGUAUUUAUUUGACUUCUAUGAACAUAACUUCAGUGUCCAGUUUUAUCAUUUUUAAUAAGUGUUUGUUUGUAUUAAGUGUCGCUAAAUAACUCAACAUUUACGCUGGAAAAAUGAAAUAAAUUAAUAUAUUAACAUUGCCUGAAAAUUCAACAAACAGGAGCUUAGUUGCAGCUUUAUCUAGAUUAUCCAAAUAAUAUUCCAUAUUGCAAUAGUACCAAACUAUAUCACAUAAAAUUACAUUUUGGAAAUAAACAUGGGAAAAAGUGAGAUGUAUCUUGUUUGUGCAAUACUUAUUUCAAAUUCAUGAAAAAGGAUUGCCAAUGGACAAUGACUUGGAAAUCUGCAAGCGCUUCAUCCAAAUUACAUUUUGCUUUGGCAAGAAAAAAAAUAGCAUUAUACAGCAAGCCAUUUUCUAAUAAACAAAAUAGAGGUAUACUUUGGAAUAACAUUUGAGCAAAUUCUUUUUCACAUUAAUCAAAAAAGAUAUAUCCUUCCAUAUAACCACAAAACCUAAUUAAAGCUAUAACCAGUUUCUUUCACCUGGUACUAAUGUACACUAAGCAGACAAGAAUAAUCGUCACUGCUUCUAGAUGGGACACGCUACAUAUUAACCCACAGCCAGAUACAGUACCCAUCUACAGAUUAACAACAACAUCCCCCCAUCCCCCCCCCCCCCCCAACCUGUACUAAUCUACAGAUUAACCCCCAGC